CACACACACACACAUACUGUAGUGCUUGCAGAUCCGCAGAUGGAGAUGUUGUUUCUAUGACAACCCGUUGAGGACGAUGAUUUAUUUAAAGAUGUUCCCAGCCUCUCCUCCUGCUGGCUGAUUUCAUUCCAGUCUGUCGUUAAGUAUCAGAGAGGAAACGCUGACCUGAAACGUGUCGUGUAGAAACCCUGAAGCCUGACCUAAAUGAAGAUGAAGCUCUAUAGAACCCUGAGAACUCCCCGAACCCGAGGCUGUUUCCCAGAACACAAAUCGUUUUAUCCUGAUGCCUAAAGCAGCUUCUCGUUUGUCUCAUGACCUCAGUUAUCUGACUCUCAGGUUUCAUUGAAGGGAAUCCUGACACACCCAACCCAAAUGCAGCUCAAGCCUUUCUCUAUUCCAAAGGAUGUGUUGGUAUUGAUUAUUUGUAAUUAAUUAAAUACGCCAUCACCCAGUAAAUAGUAAAUCAGGAACAAUUUGUAAAGCGGCGACAUUUUCAGCUGGAGGCCAAAUGGCUUCCUGCAAAGACUGAAACAGGAAACGGUAAGAAAAGCUCAGCACCACGGACAGCUCCUCCUCUUCCUCCUCGGCUCUGUUCACCAGCCAGGCUCUGACAUCAUCCCCGUACCCCUCCCCACUGGAGGAUUUGAUCUCCACUCGGCUGUUUUUUGGCGUUGAAUCAGAGGAACAAGAAAGAGGGUGGUGGAGGAGGAGGAAAGCAGAAAACCAUUAAAGCGGGUUAGUAAUCAGUUGGUUAGCAGCUGGUUUGUGUUUUCAGGACGAUCCAAUGGAGUCUGAGGAGAGCCUGCUCCACGUUUGUCUGCUGCUUCUGCUGCUUGGAUCCAACUUCACUCUGGUUGGUCCUGCGACCCCGGAGGAAGGCUGGCAGGUGUACAGUUCAGCCCAGGAUGCUGAGGGUCGAUGUGUCUGCACCGUUGUUGCUCCUCAGCAGACCGUUUGCUCCAGAGAUGCGCGAACUAAACAGCUGCGACAACUUCUGGAGAAGGUGCAGAACAUGAGCCAGUCCAUUGAGGUUCUGGACCAGCGGACUCAGAGAGAUAUGCAGUUUGUGGAGAAGAUGGAGGUUCAACUGAAAAGUCUGGAAAACAAAUUCAGACAAGUGGAAGAUGGGCAUGAAAGCAACAUCGCCAGGCAGUACAAGUCCAUUAAAGCAAAGAUGGAGGACUUGCGUCCCCUGAUCCCAGUUCUGGAGGCCUACAAGGCAGAUGCUCUGCUGGUCCAACAGUUUAAAGAGGAGGCGGCAAAUGUGACGGAGCUGCUGGAAUCCCUGCAGGAGCAACUGGGUGGACUUGACUACCAGGAGCUCCAUGGUAGAGUGAUGAACCUGGAGGACCGUCUGCGAGCUUGCAUGCAGAGACUCGCCUGUGGAAAAUUGACUGGAAUCUCUGAACCAGUCACCAUUAAGACCUCUGGGUCUCGAUUUGGCUCGUGGAUGACUGACCCGCUGGCUCCAGCUGGAGACAACAGAGUUUGGUACAUGGAUGGUUACCACAACAAUCGCUUUGUCAGGGAAUACCAGUCGAUGGAAGACUUCAUGACAACAGACAACUUCACCUCUCAUCGUCUGCCUCACCCGUGGUCCGGUACCGGUCAAGUCAUUUAUAAUGGAUCUAUUUACUUUAACAAAUUCCAGAGUCACACCAUCAUCAAGUUCGACUUCAGCACUUCACUCAUCAGUCGCUCCCGGCAGCUCGACUUUGCUGGUUACAACAACAUGUAUCAUUACUCGUGGGGGGGUCACUCAGAUAUUGACCUCAUGGUAGAUGAGGGGGGACUUUGGGCUGUGUACGCUACCAAUCAAAAUGCAGGUAACAUUGUCCUCAGCAAAUUAAACCCAAACACGCUCCAAAUCAUCCGCAGCUGGACCACCAACCACCCGAAACGCAGCGCCGGCGAGUCCUUCAUGAUCUGUGGAACGUUAUAUGUCACCAACGGUUACUCGGGAGGAACCAAAGUGUACUACGCUUACUCCACCAACUCGUCUACGUACGAAUACAUCGACAUCCCUCUGACUAAUAAAUACAGCCAUCUGUCCAUGCUUGACUACAACCCAAGAGACAGAGCACUCUACGCGUGGAACAAUGGCCACCAAGUCCUGUAUAAUGUCACUCUUUAUCACAUAAUACAGUAACGUUAGAUCAUGUCUAGAAGUUUCAGUAAUGUCACAGUCCCGUCAUACAACGGUCUCCUCCUCAACUAGGAUUAAAGAUUGUAUUUGAUUUACGAAAAACCUUCACAUUCCCUCUCAUCCCGUUUAGAAACGUGCAAAAGACACGAUCAGGUUCCCUUUUCUGUGUUGUCAGGGCGGAGGGGUAUUUACUGCUGAAGAAGUGGAAUAUCUGAGCACUCCAGUAGACGCGUCCUCAGUGGGUCCCAUGGCCACAGAUAUUAAUAGUGACUUUGUUGUGAUUUAUAGUGAAUUCAGUUUUAUUUGAGUCUCCAAGUGAUAGAAAAACAUAUGUUUUCUCUUCAGAUUCUGUCCUUUUUCAGCUUUUUCAGGGUUUCACAUUUUGCUAAACUCUUUUGGAAUUCAGCCAUCGAGCGCCAUGUUUGAUCGGCCUCCUCAUACAUCGUAACAGGUAAAACUGGCGUAGAGGUUGAGGUGUAACAAUUCUGCUGCCAGUUGGCCCAUUCAAACAUAAAGACUGAGUUUUCUCUAAUGCAGACAGCCAGCCUUAAGCAGUGCUUCCAGUGUUGCUAACCAGCCAAGUUUGAUUUUUUAGACCUGAAUUUUUUACUACGAUAAUUAAGGCCUGGACUGUUACCGGCCAGCAUGUCGAAGCACUCAGACGAAGAUGUGAGAGACGUGCUUUUAUGUGACUGUUGGAAAUAAUUAACUCAGAAACAUCUGAAACCACACCGUGACAUUUCAAAUCCAGACAUAAAAGGAUUAUUUUUACGAUUGUCCAUCAUACUAGACUUUGUAAUAAUGUCUUAUUAUGGAAGAAGACUCUGGUGUGGAUUCUAUCUAAGACCUUAAUGUGUGUCCACUAAUCUACCCUGAAAACAAAAUCAUUUUUCGGUUUAAGUUCAUUAAAAGUUGGUUUAGUUAAAGCAUCAUGGAUGCCACCACAUGAAUUUAAUGUAUAUUCAUGUUUUUUUUUGCUUCACACAGCAAAAUCAAUACAUUCAUUGUUAAAGUUAAAAAUUAAUCUCAUCUAUGAAUCAUUUAUAUUUUGGCAAAGACUGGGUUUUGGGGAGCACAAGUGCUCUUAGGAUCCUUAGACUGAGCUCCGUGUCUCCAGCCAGUGGCGCGGCGAGGUUUUCAUGGAGCACCAACCAAAAAGACUUGCCGUCCGGUGCAGACCAGGAAGUGUGAAGCCACCUCUGGUUGAGCAGUUGGGAAGAGGAGGGGCCCCAUCAGGGGUGUGAGAUGGUCAGCAGAGCUGUUCUGUCUCACUACUGAUGCGGUUCUGACUUGGUUCAGUUUGUCGGCCUCUAGGGGCCCCUGGUGGUCUGGGGGCCCCUAUUGACACAUGGGCCAUCUGUCUCCAGCUAUCUGAGGACAUUACCUGUCCAAGCUGUGAGAAGUAGACAUUGCAACCCAAGUUCCAAACCUUUGUCGCAAAACCCCAACCAAGAUCGACCAAAAACAUCCAGGGCCUGUUUGGGUUUUACCACUCUGGAGUUUUUAAAACAACUCCAGCAGUGAAAAAUGCAAAUAAUUGCUUUUUCACUGCCCACCUUUCUACUGGGGCUGUUUCAGAUUCACUUCGGCUGCGAAUGUGAUCCAUGCAGCUGGUCCUUCACAAUCACAAAAUCAGGAUUGAGUUCAUGCAUCAUUUAGCCACGAUAACAAGGACGGAGAAAGAUGGCAGCAUGUAUCCUAAAGGUCUUGGCCAAAGAGGAGUCACAGGCCAUGACAUUUAGUUUACCUAAACAGUAGGAAACUUCCAUGUGUCUUUUAUUUUGAAAGUUUGUCAUUGUUUUUACAGUUUCUGUUUUUGAAUUCCUGUCUGGCUCAGUUUGAACUGCUGAGUUUGACUUGUUCUGGAGGCGUAGCUCAUAAAAACAAUCUGGGGCAAAAACUUACAGUAGUGGUGCGACACUACGCUUCUGGGAUGCGUUCGUCCGUUAUUACACCACGUAGAUGUUUGGUGAUAUUUAUGCAAGUCAGAGGACUCCAAAGUGCUUUACACCAUAGUCAGUCAUUCACCCACUCACAUACAAGCUGAUGGUGAUUGUAGCCUGAGCUGCCUUGGGGCAGGCCACUGGUCCCUCUGACCAGCACCAGCAGGCAAUUCCAAAAAUCACAAGUGACACAGAUAGAGCCUGGGUUUGAACCGGCAACUCUCCAAUUACAGAAGACCUGCCAAACCAUGAGUCACUGUCGCCCUAACCAAGUCCGCUCCAGGUUUGUCAACCUCUGCUUCUGUAAUGAAAAGUGUUGUAGUCAGAUUUAGGAGAACUUCAAGCUGAAUCUUUCACCGUCUGGUUACUAUCUGGUUACUAUCUGGUUACUAUCUGGUUACUAUCUGGUUACUGUCUGGGGCGAUGGUGGCACAGGAGUUAAGAGCUCGCCCCGUAAUCGGAAGGUUGCAGGUUCGAGCCCCGCUCAGUCUGUCGCUGUCGUUGUGUCCUUGGGCAAGACACUUAACCCACGUUGCCUGCUGGUGGUGGUCAGAGGGACCGGUGGCGCCAGUGCUCGGCAGCCUCGCCUCUGUCAGUGCGCCCCAGGGCAGCUGUGGCUACAUCGUAGCUCAUCUCCACCAGUGUGUGAAUGUGUGUGUGAAUGGGUGAAUGACUGGUUGUGUUGUAAAGCGCCUUGGGGGGUUCCAGGACCCUAGAAGGCGCUAUAUCAAAUACAGGCCAUUCACCAUUUACCAUUAAUAUCUGGUUAGUAUCUGGUUCCUAUCUGGUUACUAUCUGGUUCCUAUCUAGAUACUAUCUGGUUACUAUUUAGUUACUGUCUUGUUACUAUCUAGUGUAGCGUCAUGAAUGUCCUGUUUAUGACCUAAAGAUCAUAGUCUCUGACAGCCUAAUCUACAUGAGAUAGUGGCCAAGGUCUUUCAUGCACUCUGCUCAUCUGAACUGCUUCACCGCUGUUACAGCGAAGACGAAGAACUCUUGUGAUAAACACAUAAUCAAUAACUUUGUUAUUACCAAUAAUAAUGUGAGCUCAAUGUUCAAUCAAUCUGUGGAAUGACAAUGUUAUUACUUGAUAUUAUAAUCCUGUGAUCAGUAGUAUUUUACAAGUUAUUAUAAUCCUGGACAUUUGCACUAGACACUAAAGACACGUAAUGCUAAAGUCACAUGACACAUUUCCUUUUGUCUGAUCCAAUCAGAACCUUCGUUUCUGGCUAGGCGUGGUUUUCUGUGGUGUUUGUAUGAACCCUCUUUUUCAUGUCAAGUUCUGAUUUGCCAGUAAACCAAAAUAUGACAAUUAUAAAAACUAUUCCACGCCACCUUUUCUUUAGUUCAAGCGUUCUAGAGAAGUCUCGGACCGGCCAUCCGGACUUCCUCUUCAGCCAAAAGAACCUCGACAAGCUGGUUACACCUGACCACAACGGUUCCUUCAGAAUAAAAGCUGAACCUCACGACCCCUUCAGGGUCUCGGAGACGCCAGUGAUAACCUGUCGUGACCUGGAAGCAUUCCAAGACUAGUCUGGUCGGCACCGCUGCUUUUCUACCGGCUUCGGUACCAAGGAGGGUCCAAGAUGACCUCGGCAUUCUGGAUCUAACGGAGGCUUCCCCUGGGGUACGUAGACUGACAGAUGGCGUUUCAUGUGUGUUAUAAAUCUCCGACUAAAGCUUAGAGCGAAACAUUCACUCCCACUCAGAACUAACUGCUUCUCCGGAUCCGCUGGUUCUGAUAACAACAUUCCACACACACACCACCAUCGUUCAUCACGUCUCACUCCACCUUCGUCCAUCAGUACACCGAGUGUUUAAAGUUAGUCGUUUAAAUUGUGUAGAAAUAAAUUUCUUAACUAUUUUAAACCUGACUCUCUUUCUUUCCUCGGAGUUAAUACGAAGUGUCGCUUAAUCCCUGCAAUAAAAAGUUCUGAUCUUCUGGUUAAAAUAGUCAAAGAUCCAUCAGAUUGAUAUUUCAUAUUUCUAUGGAAUCUCACAUUUUAUGGUUCAUAAGUUUGAUGUAAACGACCCAUCCUUUACACUAGUAACUAUCUGCUUUCUAUCUGGUUACUAUCUUCCCUUCAGUACGCAGCAGUCAGUGAUCUUCGCUUUGGAGAACCUUGGGGGGAAUCUCUUCUCUUAGCAGUCUUUCUCAGUCACUGAUGGCUCAGAGCUAAACUCCAAACCAUCACAACUUUCCAUUUAACAUAUUCUAAUGUUGGACUCCAGUUUAAAACAGAACUUUUACAAACAUUCUGACCUUUAUAGCUGGAUUUGUGAAGUGAUCAGCUGAAUUGUAUUUACAAUGGGACAUGUUUUCUAUACAGUGUGUCAUACAGUCUUAUACAAUUAUAAGAUUGUUUUAUAGCUUCAAACGUGGAAGAUUUUCUUUAUUUCUCAACGUUAUCUUUCUGAAAACGUCCGUCUCAGCUUUAUAGCCCAACCCCACGAGAAAUCAUGUCUCUUUACUUCUUCCAUCAGUGACUUUUGUUGCUUGUUUUAAUUGAUAAACAUAAUUUUGCCCUGACUGUUCCUUUCCUGCAGUUCAUGUUAGUGCUGGAGGGAGCUACUGUAAGUUCAGACAUGCUGCAGAAUGCUGUUGUGCUAAUUAGCUCUGUUAGCUGUUAGCUGCUAACAUUUCAUCAUUAAAAUUCUGCUUGUCUUUUUCUUACAAGAUUUAUACGUUUUAAUGUUUUAUUUAAUGUGUGUAAAGUUGAUAAACAUCACAGUUUGAGUUUGUUUUCCUCCAACCAACAAAAAAUAAAAUAUAAAAGAUAAAUUUUAA